AUGUCGUCCGAAGCAUCUUCGUCAAAGGCUCCAGAGCAGCCCCUCGAGGCUGGUGUUGAAAAACUUGCUGUUCAAGAGGAUGUCCCACUCGGCGAGGACGGUAAACCUCUUUCGAAGAAUGCUUUGAAGAAGCUCCAAAAGGAUAAGGAAAAGGCGGAAAAGGCUGCGAAACGAGCAGAGCAAGAAGCUGCCGCUAAAGCUGCACGUGAAGCCGCCAAUGUCGACACUGCCUCAGAAAACUACGGGAAGCUCCCGUUAAACCGUUCUACUGAACGUACCGGUGCUGCCAGAAUUGCUUUCGGUGGCCUUAAUGCGGGUGAUGAGGGCAAGCAAGUUCUGUUCCGAGCUAGGGUCCACAAUGCCCGUGCACAGGGUAACAAGAUGACCUUCUUGGAAUUGAGACAGCAGCACCAGACUAUCCAGGCCCUGUUGUCAGUCCAGGCCGAUGGUAGUGUUUCGAAACAGAUGGUCAAAUGGGCCUCUUCUAUCAGUUUAGAGUCAAUUGUCCUUGUCCAUGGUGUCGUCGCAAAACCCUACGAACCAAUCAAGUCGACUACUGUCCAAGAUGUUGAGAUUCAUAUCUCUAAAUUAUUCAUAAUCUCGGAAGCUGGACCAUUACCCAUUCAGAUCGAGGAUGCUUCCAGAUCAGAAGAAGAAGCCCAGAAACUCGGCCUUCCAAUCACCUCUCUAGCUACCAAGCUCGACAACAGAGUAAUUGAUUUCCGAACUGUUACAAACCAAGCCAUCUUCAGAGUAUCGAGUGGUGUAUGCGGGCUUUUCAAGGAAUUCUUGUCCGCCCGUGGGUUUGUGGAAGUUCAUACCCCUAAGCUUCUCGGUGCUCCUAGUGAAGGUGGCGCCAACGUCUUCGAGGUUACUUAUUUCAAUAGGAAGGCGUACCUCGCACAGAGCCCCCAGUUGUAUAAGCAGAUGCUUAUUGCUGGUGACUUUGAGAGGGUUUUCGAAAUUGCACCUGUUUUCAGAGCCGAGGAUAGCAAUACGCCUCGUCAUAUGACAGAGUUCACCGGUCUCGAUCUGGAAAUGGCAUUCGAGGAACACUACCACGAAGUCAUGGAACUCAUUGGAGAGAUGCUUAUCUUUAUCUUCAAUGGAUUGAAGGAGAGAUUCGCCGAGGAGAUCGCUACCGUUAGGAAGCAAUAUCCAGUCGAAGAAUUCAAAAUUCCAAAGGACGGCAAACCUCUCGUAUUGACAUUCGCUGAGGGCAUCAAAAUGCUCCAAGAGGCUGGCCGCGAGGUUGAACCACUUGAAGACUUAAGCACCGAAAACGAGAAAUUCCUUGGGCAACUGGUUCUUGAGAAGUACGAUACCGACUUCUAUAUUCUCGAUAAGUUCCCAUUGAGUGUUCGACCUUUCUACACCAUGCCCGAUCCUAGUGAUCCCAACUACUCAAACUCUUAUGACUUCUUCAUGCGUGGUCAGGAAAUUUUGUCCGGUGCCCAGCGUGUUCACGACUCUGGACUAUUGGCAGAGCGGAUGAAGAAUCUAGGGGUCGACCCGACCAGCCCUGGUCUUGUCGACUACGUCGAUGCCUUCAAAUAUGGUGCCCCACCACACGCUGGUGGCGGUAUCGGUCUCGAGAGAGUCGUUUUCCUCUGGUUAGGACUUGGAAACAUCAGACGAGGCAGCGCAUUCCCCCGUGACCCACAGAGGUUGAGGCCGUAA